GCGUCGCGUGACCGAGCGCGCCCGGUGACGUAGGAGGAAGACGCCGACGCCAUUAGAGGGAGGCCCAGCCAGACGCCCCCUGAGUCGGGAAGUGUGUUUCGGUUUAAUUUUUCCCCCCUCACAGUCUCCUCUCUUAUUUCCGCGGCGCGGCCUUGCUUCCUUCGCUUCUUGGUGUCUCGGGGCUUCCGUAGUGUGCCUGGCUCCGUCGCUCACCCCGCGCCCCCCGGUCAGUUGCGGCUAAUGUGAGGCCGCGGCGGCCCCUUCGCUGCGGAUGGCGACGGUUGCGGCGGCGGCCUCUUCUGGCGUCGGAGGCGGCGGUGCUGCUGCUCCUGCCGGCGGCGGGAGGAGCUUCUCCUUCAAGGUGGUGCUGCUGGGGGAAGGCUGCGUGGGGAAGACCUCCCUCGUGCUCCGCUACUGCGAGAACAAGUUCAACGACAAGCACAUCACCACCCUCCAGGCAUCUUUUCUAACAAAGAAGCUAAACAUUGGAGGAAAAAGAGUAAACCUAGCGAUAUGGGACACAGCGGGGCAAGAGAGAUUUCAUGCACUGGGUCCCAUUUACUACAGAGACUCUAAUGGAGCUAUUUUAGUGUAUGAUAUAACAGAUGAAGACUCUUUUCAGAAGGUAAAAAACUGGGUCAAGGAAUUAAGAAAAAUGUUGGGAAAUGAAAUUUGUCUAUGCAUAGUUGGUAAUAAAAUAGACUUGGACAAGGAAAGACAUGUCUCCAUUCAAGAAGCAGAAACGUAUGCAGAAUCAGUGGGGGCAAAACACUAUCACACAUCAGCCAAACAGAACAAAGGAAUAGAAGAACUCUUUCUUGACCUGUGUAAAAGAAUGAUUGAAACCGCACAAGUUGAUGAGAGAGCACGAGGCAAUGGUUCCAGUCAGUCAGGAGCUGCAAGGCGUGGAGUACAGAUAAUUGAUGAUGAGCCGGCAGCUCAGGGCAGCGGAGGUUGUUGUUCAUCUGGAUAACUGCAUAAGACUGUGCAUUUUGGCCCCUUAGUGAAGACUGCCAUAUUCAAGUCUCAUUCUUUAUCAGUGGAGAAUUGGAAUUAACAGUAUUUAAAAUCAUUUGUAACAAUUCAGUACCAUUAAGUGCUAAACUAGUGAAGUAUGUGACCAGAGAAUUGGCAUUUUCUACAGUGGUUAACAAAGCAAACCAAUGGCCUUUUUACAUGUUUCUUUAAUAAUGAAUAAUAUUGCAUGUGGGAAAGACUUAUGGCUUCAUUUAUAUUUUAAAUAAGAUCAUUAUUUAAUAACUUAUAUACACUAUUGGAAUGAGACAUUUUUGCAGCCCUUUGUAUUUUGUGGUAGAUUGAACUGUAUCACUUCAAAAUCGCAAAUUGAUUUCUUUUUAAUUAGCAGAUACCUGGAUACUAUUUUUGCAGGGAUGGCAUCAAACUAUAACUGUCUGACUACUUUGAUAUAUUCAUCCUGUAUUCCAUGCUGGUAAAAUAAAUUGUAAAAAUACAUAUUAAAUAUUUUAUCUGCUUUUACAAGUCAGAUGCAAAAAUAUGUAUGUUAGUCUUUUCAGUGAUUGUGAAGUGAAUAACAGUUGGUGAAGAGAUAACAAGUUUGAUUAACUACUAUACACUUUUCUCCUUGCUAGUUAGUAACUGUUUUUUGCUUGCUCUGAAGUUUACAUACAUUUUUGAGUAUUUUUCUGGCAAGUACUGGUCUAUAACAUUUUAGGUCCCAAAAUGUAGUUGAAGUGCUGUGAACUGCUGCUACACUUCUAACUAAUGGAAGUCCGAUAUGCCUAAAAUACUCAGUUGCUUUAGCAACCUAUAUGACACAGAAACUUGGCCUUUUUCCAUCUGAUAAUCACUAAACUAGACCUGCUCAUAAAACUUUUGAUGUCUUGAA